GUUAACUUAGGAUGAGCACAAAUAGACCUGAGCAGGUCAAGAUAACCCAAAGACUUCUGUUCACACAAAGCACUUUGUUUCUGUCAACAGAGUAAGACCUGUCUUCUGCAGAGCCCUUUGUGUGACAUCAAACUUUGCCUCUGAGAAUGAAGCUUCUACUCCGUUUGACGUUUUUUAUAGCAGCAUCAUGUGUCCUUAGUUUUGCCUCAGCAGAUCAAAGGAACAUCUUCUCAGAGGACAUCUUGAAACAGCUGUCAGAGGAUGGUGAGAAGCUUGUGAACGAGGAGCUGGAAAGAGCUCUCUAUGGUGUGAAGCAGAUGAGAGAAGUAAUGUGGAGGAACGAGCAGAAACACGAGCACCUCAUGAACUCGCUAAAGCACAGCGGUGACAAGAAGAAGGGGGCAGGCCAACUGGCAAAAGAUGUGACUGAGAAGCUGGAGGAGGCAGAGGAGCAGUGCAAAGACUCCCUGCAGUCAGAGUGGGAGGAAUGCAGACCCUGUCUGGAGGAUGCAUGUAAAACCUUCUACACCUCCACAUGCCGGAGGGGCUUUGCUUCUUUCCGCACCAAGGUGGAAAACUUUUUCCAAAGAGUCUCCAGACGCUUUGGUCCUAGAGAGAGACCCCUGGAAGCAGUGGACAUCUUGAUGAAUCAGGGCCCUGAUGAAUCAGAGAAGGAUGUUGUCCACAUUGAGGAUUCUUUCAAGCGAGUGUUGAGCCAGGUGGGGACACUGGUGAACCGCAGCAUCACCUUGGUGUCCAGGAUAAGCAGCAAGCUUGACGGGGCCCUUCAGAGGGCUUUUCUGAACAACACGGAUGUAGAGUCAGAAGAAAGCCCCUCUGAUCCCUACUACCCUGCUCGCGACUCAGGCUUUCUCCAGGGCGUUGGCCUGGAGGAGGUGCUGGAGUCCUUCUUUGACUUUGGAAAGAGUGUAGUGGAGGAGUUUGGUGCUGUGGUCACCCAGGUGUUUGAUGACCUUCAUAAAACUGAGAAAGAGGAAACAAAGAAAGAACAGGAAAGCUUUCGUCACUACCUGCAGAACAGGAGGCUCUGCAAAGACCUUCGCAGGGAGACAUCAGAAUGCUGGCAGCUUCAGAGCAAGUGUGAGGCCUGCCAAGGAGCUUUGCUUACAGAGUGCCCCAGUGUUCGGGAGCUGCAUGUGGAGCUGGAUGAAGUAUCUCAGCUGCUGGAUGUCUCCAAAGAGCAAUAUGAUGAGAUUUUGUCCAUUGUCCAGCAUCAUACCGAUGAGACAGUCAAAUGGCUUAGCAACAUGGUCGCUGAAUUCAGCUGGGUGGCUCAGGCUGUGAGCAACAGCAGUGCUACUCAAAACAUCUUCCGCAUCACAAUGGUGGCACCAGAGAGCCAUGAUGAGCAGAACAUGUCUGCCACUGAAACUAAAGUGGAGGUAGAGGUCCUGAACUCUCCACCACUCAUGCUUAACAUCCCCAAGGAGCUGGAGCUGCAAGAUCCAGCAUUCAUCCAGUAUGUAGCCCAGGAGGCUCUGGACAAGUACAAGGAAAUGGUCAGGAUUGAAGAUGAGUAAAACGACACCAUUGGCACUUUGAGGACACAGCUAGGUGACAUGUAGUAGACACCUUGAUGCUGAUAUAUGAACAAACUACAAACGUAACCAAGAUUCAUCACAGUGUUUCAAGCAAUUAUAUUUACUUUAUUUCCUUUAAAAUAUUUGCUAUUCACUUUCAAAGCGAAAUGUAAAACUGAACUCUUUCAUUUAAUGUAAAACACAAAAGCCACAUGAAAGAUUUGGCUUAUCAUUUGAUUUUAUUCUGUACAAAAUCAUAUUAGUUAACAUUCUCAUCACCCUCAUCAUUUAUGCCCCCAACUAGAUCAGGCUCCACUUUUACAGGACAAUCUCUCACACCAAUGAUGCACAGAAAAACAAAAAUAAAAGAAUAAUUCACAUCUUCGA